CCCUCUCCUACUCGUCCACAUUUAGGUGAAGAAAAAAUAACCUCCUGUACGUAGUAGAAGUGACAAAAAUAUAGAUACACGAGGACGCGACAUCUGAGACGACUAACACCAAGAAGAAAACAUACAACUGGAAUAACUGCUGGAACUCCUAAAGCAACUACAUCAUAAUUAAAAUGAUGGUCUUGAGACGCAUCGUACUCGCGGCGGCGACGCAGCAGCUCCUAGUCUUCAAGACGAGCUUGGUGGAUGCAAAUUAAGGCACUUUUUAAAAAUAACCUUCUUUUUCCUCCGACUUUUUAUUCCCCAAUACUGAUUGAAUAUAGAAGCAAACUGAUUAGCUUUUUUCCUUCGACUUUUCCCAAUAGUACCGUUAAUUUGUAAUAGUACAAGCAUGUGCAUGUAGAAGACUAAAUAUUUCUGCAGAUCACAUGCAUUGCUAGGACUUUCUUGAACCUAACACUAACAAAAAAAUCGUCCUUUUUUUCCUUAUGGCGAUGCUAAUAAAAACUCGUAGGUACUUAAAUGAGCGAAUGAGUCAUCAUCUAAUGUGAAGAGAAUGAGGGAUUUUUUUUGCGAGGGUCGAAAAAUUUUGUGAAUAAGAAACCAGCAGAGGAAUACAGCUGCUCGGAAGAGAUGAGCCAUCCUUCAUUAUGGUCACCUUUUAUCCAUCUUGCUCGGCAUCUUGGUUCCCCUUCUCCCUGUAUUCUCAUGAAAAACAAGGGGAGGGGGGUCAAGAUGAGGGAGCCGAGACGAAUAUAAGCUGACGCUAACUACAGUGACUGAUGCGACCAAGAUAAAGCUCUGCGGAUCAAAGAGCAAUAUCAAUAUUACGGCGCCUACUUAGUAGCACCAGUAGUUAGUGUUCUGAAUAGCAGUACUAGUUCUAGUAGAUAGCGCGGUUAGUAGUACAUGUACAACUAGUUGUACUAAAAAUGGUCUUCAGUAGUACUAGCUAAGUUACUUAACUAGUACUAUUACAGACUUGUACUAGUAGUAGUACUACUAACCUCUGAUGUUUCUACUUACUUUUUCUAGAUAUGGCUCGACUUGCAUGUACCACUAGAUAGGGACUAGUCGGACUAGUAAUAGAAGGACUACUAGUACUUCUAGUACUUUUUCUAGAUACAACGGCUUGACUGUAAACAUCAAAAAAAACCGACUUUCGAAAGAGACUAAAGUGUGAGCUCUCGAAGUAGUCGUCUUAGUUGAUGUAGUAAAUGUAAGUCACAAACUAGCGCAGCGAUGGCGGGCCUUAAUUGAAGCAAGUACUUAGUAUUAAUGGAUUGCGGCGAACCAAGACCGUUUCUCGCCUAAUCUUUCCUUGCUAUCAUGUGAUAGAAUCGACACAUAGAAUUUCCUCUAAGUAAUCAUCCUCCUUUUGCUAUGUGAUAAUAACAGUAUUUCGUCUAAUCCUCCUUGCUAUGUGAUGCAGGGCGACGUCGCUCUCGAGUACAAAAAAGCGGUUAAGAAGGUACGGAGUAAGCCACCAAAGACAGAGAGGGCAGCGCUUUUAAAUUAAGAAAUUCGUUUGACAUGAUAAAGUGGACUAGGAGUAGAACUACUAGCGUCGUUGCUUAAUGUUGUAGAGCAACCAAGGACAAUGCCUAUUAUGCAAUACAAUACAAGAUGAAUGUUGUUCUUUCUAGGUGAAGAAAUAAGAAUCUUCAAGGACAAGAACUACGCCAUUGUAAGACAUAAUCGUCAAGUGCAACUACUAAUACUUAAAUACAACUAAAUUUUGAUAUAAAAAGAUACAUACUGUUAAGUACUGCAACUUACUACUUGCUGUAACUAAGUAAUAUACAGCUUAUUAAUAUUUGUGGCUCUCGUCGACUACGCCCAGUGAUGGAUACAAAAAAAAAAGAGUCGCGCCAAUGAAUUGGAUUGAAUUUAGGAUAAUAUCUACUGCAGCAUAUAUAAGCAGCUCCAUCUUAGGCAUGAUACGCAUAUCGCCGAGUAGAUUCGCAUCAUCUCAUGUAAGCUCCAUUAGAUCCAUCAGAGAACCUCCAUUCGACUUGCUAGAAGCUCCAUCAGAUCAUCAUAAGACUAGUGCAGUUGUAGCUAGGACGAGAGCGUUCUAAUUUCGGGAGUAUUGCUGCGGGUCGGUCUCAUCAUGUGGAAUAGGACGCUAAAGGACGCUUUGAAGGAUGCUAGUGGUCACACGCGCAUGACGAGAACCGAGUCGUGGAAUAUUGCGUCGCACUCGCAUGACGAGAACCGAGUGAAAAAGUAAUGCGUUGUAAUGGUGUAGUGAAAGUAGUUAGUAUGAUGAUACUAGAUGAUCAUCAUCUUUUUUACUUGAUGUUUUACAGUAGGAGAACGAAACCAGCACCAUAAAGCAAAAAACUUCUGGAAUACACAUUGCGAUCAUGAUGCAGGGUAGGUUGUUCCAGUACUACAAUUUUCAAGUAUUGUGCAAGUAUUUCCUUCAUAGAAUUCACGUAACAUCAACUCAUGUUGUAAAAUUUGUAUUUGAAUUUCUUGACUCUUUUGUAGUUUGGCCUUACUAGAAGGGAUUACGGGUGCGCCCGUCUCAACAGUCAACACCAUGCGUGAGGAUUCGGCAACGGCACCCUAUCCUAUCCUAUUCUGACUUAUAUGACCUUCUGGAUUAUAUAACCUAUCCUAUUCUUACUUAUAUGACCUUCUGGAUUAUAAUCUUCAACAUCUAUCAUACCAGUACCAUCUUCAUAUCCAUAUCAACGAAUUAUAGAUAUCGUCUCCUUAGGGCUAACAUUUACUUCUCCUAAGAUAUUUACAUCAUCAGAUAUCUUCUCCUUAUACACCACACCGUAUUGACAUUGUACAAUCACAUCACUUGAAAAAAAUCGCCACAAUAACCCACAAGCACCAGCAGUAUAUUUGCUCUUCGAAGAAAGGCGAAAAAGAGAAACGACGCCAUCAAAUCUAUUGGAAGCAUCCAGCAUUACCUACAAAAAAUGUAUGAAUCCAUUGUAACUGUAUCUUCUGUACUGGCAACACUAUAGAAACGAAUAGAAAAACUGCC